GAGCUGUGGCAAGUGCUUAGCAAACUUUGUCCCACGCUGACCAAGGAAGAGGUCGACAAGCUCUUCGCCAAGAUGGAUACGAACAAAGACCAGAGGAUACAACCCAGCGAGUUUGUGGACUUCAUCUUCAGUUUCGCCGACCUGGGAGAUGCCGCAGAGAUGAAGAUGAGGGAAGCCACAGCGUCGAUGGACCAACACAGCGAGGAGGAUGCAAAGUACAGGGCAAGCGGCUCUUCACCGCUCCAAAAUUCAGAGCCCGAUCUGAGGCUCAAAAAUAUCGACACGACCAUGUCGACCUUUACCUUGGACAUUGGAGGAGAGGAGCCUGAUUUGCCAGAUCUUCUGUCGAGUCUCAGGGCCAUGAACGCACAGGCCUUGCGUGAGGUCUUCCAAAGGACUGACGUCAGCAAACGAGGAUUUUUGCAAUUGAAUGACAUCAGGAGAGUGCUUUUUCCAAGCAACGUGCAAUCUGAGAGUGACAACUUGGCAGUGGUGAAGGUUUUCGCACAAAUGGACAAGAACAGUGAUGGAAAGGUCCACUGCGGAGAGUUUGUGUCGUACAUCUUAGAAGGAAAACGCCGCGUCUCCCGCACGGCCAGCGCGGCGGACAAGCGCCAAAUGGCCACCGCCUUCGCCAAGGGCGAUGCCAAUGCGGAUGGACGGAUCAGUAUGGAGGAGUUUGAGCGGCUCUUCGGUGCGCAGACGGACUUUGACCGCGAGAUGUUGCGCAACGUUUUUGAGUCGGUGGAUCAAAACCAGGAUGGUGCUGUGUCAAUCGUGGAGCUGGCGGAAGUCUAUGGAAAGGAGCUGAUCCAGGAGGCCAAGGGCAUCACGGUGUCGGGUGCAAUGGAUGGAGGCGAUGAGGCCUCGAGCGAUGGAGACUGACCAUGGCCCGUCCUUUUGCUGAUAUUCUGAUGGCAAAGAGCUUGAGUUAUCGGUGGUGAUCGAUUUCUGUGUGGUCGAAAUGAAUGGUCCGAGGACCCACAUUUGGUUCAUCGAUUUUGUUGUUAUCAUGCUCAACAGUCCUAAGUUUUCAAAUGCAUCCAAGUUUGACACGUGCCCAUUUGUGUGGAACGCGAGUCUCGCCAAACCUGUUUUAAGAGAUGUCUCCAAGAGAACCAUCUCUGCUAAUGAGACUGGUUGCUGCCACCGAGCAGAAAACCAUGAGUGUUGUA